UGAGUUUGAGGUUAGCCUGAGCUACAUAGUGAGUUCAAGGCCUGCCUGAACUACAUAGCGACACCCUGUCUCAAUCAAAAAAAUCCUACAAUAAAUGUGGUCAAUAUGUGUAUGACAAAUAUGUACUAAUAAAAAAAAAGUAUAAAAAUAAAAAACCCAGCCCUAAAAUAAAAGGCAAAAGAUAAACAAACAAAAGAAAAUAACCCCCCAAAAAUCCAACCUGGCAUACCAGAUGGUGCACAUCUCCUGAGGAAGCUGAGGCCAGAGGAUCACAAAUCCUAGCCCAACCUGGGCAACUUAGCGAGACCCUGUCUCAAAAUAAAUAAAAAAGGCUGAGGAUCAGCCUAGCACCCUAGCUCAGUGCUCCCAGGCUUCCAUCUCCUGCACUUCCCCCCCCAAAAAAAACAAACUUCCAGAUGUUCAUAUAGCAGUCGCUGUGCACGAGGCACCAUAAGCUGUGCUUUCCAGACUCCCAGUCCACACAACAUGGUGAUGCAGGAACAGACAAGUCUAGUUUUACACUUGGGGAAACUGAGGCCUUACAUCCUACAGCCAGGAAGUGAGAGAGGUGGACCUGAGCCCAGGCAUGUGGGUUGCUUUCCGCCACUCCUCAGAGGCCCCUGCCACUUUCAGGCCCAGCUGCCCGAGACCUGCAGAGUGCGCAUCCAGGCCAGCAGCCCGUAAAAAUGGCAGAACUGCUGGCCUACCUUCAGAGAGCACUGUUACUCAGGGAAGCUGCAUCGGGGUGGAGGAUCAUCCUACCACCCAGAUGGGGACACUGAGGCCCAGAGAAGGGGAGAGAUUUGCCCAAGGCACACAGCUGGUGAACCAGGACCACAGUCAAGUGCAGCAGGACCCUCAAUAUAAGGCCCUGAGGACCCGUGGGCGGGAGAUCCGGAAGCAGCUUGUGCUCCUGUACCCCAGGGAGGACCAGCUGGAGGAGCAGUUCUACCUGCAGGCACUGAAGCUGCCCAACCAGACCCACCCAGACGUGCCCGCCGGGGAUGAGAGCCAAGCCCGAGUGCUCCAGGUGGUCGGAGAGAAGCCAGCUUUCUCCUUCCAACCUCGGGGCCACGUGGAAAUCGGCGAGAAACUCGACAUUAUCCGGCAGAAGCGCCUGUCGCACGUGUCGGGCCACCGCUCCUAUUACCUGCGUGGCGCAGGGGCCCUCCUGCAGCACAGCCUGGUCAGCUUCACUCUCAGCAAGCUCGUCGGCCGGGGCUUCACCCCCAUGACGGUGCCAGACCUGCUCCGAGGAGCUGUGUUUGAAGGCUGUGGUAUGACACCGAAUGCCAGCCCGUCCCAUGUGUACAGCAUCGACCCCUCCCACUUUGAAGACCUCCACCUAGCUGGGACAGGAGAAGUGGGGCUCGCAGGCUACUUCAUGGACCACAGUGUGGCCUUCAGGGACCUGCCAGUCAGGAUGGUCUGCUCCAGCACCUGCUACCGGGCAGAAACCGACACCGGGAGGGAGCCUCGGGGGCUCUAUCGGGUGCACCAUUUCACCAAGGUGGAGAUGUUCGGGGUGACAGGCCCCGGGCUGGAGCAGAGCUCACAGCUGCUGAAGGAGUUCCUGUCCCUGCAGGUGGAGAUCUUGACGGAGCUGGGCCUGCACUUCCGGGUCCUGGACAUGCCCACCCAGGAGCUGGGCCUUCCUGCCUACCGCAAGUUCGACAUUGAGGCCUGGAUGCCCGGCCGAGGCCGCUUUGGAGAGGUGACCAGCGCUUCCAACUGCACCGACUUCCAGAGCCGCCGCCUGCACAUCAUGUUCCACACCGAGGCCGGGGAGCUGUGCUUUGCCCACACGGUAAACGCCACAGCCUGCGCCAUCCCCCGUGUCCUCAUUGCCCUGCUGGAGAGCAAUCAGCAAAAGGAUGGUUCGGUCCUCGUGCCCCCUGCCCUUCAGCCGUACCUUGGCACUGAUCGGAUCACAGCCCCCACCCACGACCCUCUCCAGUACAUCGGCCCCAACCAGCCACAGAAGCCCAGGCUCCCGGACCCAUCAGCAUCAGGCUGAGAGCCGCCUGCACCCACUCCUGGGUUGUCGCUGCCUCCUGGAGCUCCAGAGGCCCCAAACACUGAGCCUAUCUGCCUUGGCACAUCCUGAUGCCUGUGAACACUAGAUCCACACCUGGGCGCCGGGACCCCAUAGCCCAUCCCUCCUGCUUCCCUGUCCCUCAGUCAGUCAGCAGCCCUGGGGUCUUGGGGGCCACCCAGAGGGCUUGUGAGGAUGCUGAAUCCCCCCAUGUCCCCCGGGACAAGCCAGGCAGUCACCUCGGUGGUUCUGGCCCCAGACCUCCCCAGGUCCGUCCUCCACAAGCUUCCCACUCCACAGCCAGCUCGUUAGCAGCCCCCUUCAGAACACUUCCAGAAUCUCUUGGGCCCCUCUUCGGGUCCUGGCCACCCCCAUCCCUACUUGGAUGUCACAGAAGCCUCUUCACGGUCUUGAGCAAGACAGAGCAAGGCCCUCCCCUGCCUAGAGCUCUCCCUCAGCUCCAUCUCAGAAAAGGACAAAACUGUCCUGACAUCUGGGUCUGUCCUCUUUGGGUUCUCCAGUCAUGUCCACCUUCCCUAUAUAAAAUGUAGUUAUGUGA